UUUCUCUUGACGCCUACGAAACGACGUCGUACGAGGCCUUGACUCCGCUUGUCUUCCAUCCUUCCUCCACUAUCUAUAAACCCCUGCUAAAACCGGAUCUCACUCUCACUCAUUGGAUCCCCGAACUCGCUCGAUCACUCACUAGCUCAAAAAUGGCGAGUCGACUCGUUCUCGCGUUCGCACUCAGCGCUCUCCUCUUCUUCUCCCACUCAGUUUUCUGCAAGGAAUCGCACCCCAUCGACGACGACGAUGAGGAUCUCAGCUUCCUCGAGGAGCCCACCGACCACGGCGACGACGCGCCGCACUAUCCAGAUCCGGAUCACUACGACGAGGACAAUUACGACGAUCUCGAGAACUACUCCGAUUUUGACGAGGGCGGCGAUCAUGAGGACUCGUACAAGGAGCCGGACGUGGACGAGAAGGACGUCGCCGUUUUGAAGGCGGCGAAUUUCAGCGAUGUGGUGGAGAAGAACAGGUUCGUCAUGGUCGAGUUCUACGCGCCGUGGUGCGGACACUGCCAGGCCUUGAAACCGGAGUACGCGGCGGCAGCUACCGAGCUCAAGGGGGAAGAUGUAAUUUUGGCCAAGGUCGACGCGACGGAGGAGAACGAGCUGUCGCAGGAGUACGGCAUCGAGGGUUUCCCGACUAUCUUCUUCUUCAUUGAUGGCGUUCACAAGCCUUACGCAGGCCAAAGGACCAAGGAGGGGAUUGUAACCUGGAUUAAGAAGAAGAUUGGACCUGGCAUCCAAAACUUGACCACAUUGGAGGAUGCGGAACGCAUAUUGACUGCUGAAAGCAAAGUCGUUUUGGGCUACCUCAACUCUUUGGUGGGUCCUGAGAGUGACGAGCUUGCCGCUGCUUCAAGACUUGAAGAUGAGGUGUCCUUUUACCAAACUGUAGAUCCUAAGGUGGCAAAACUUUUCCAUCUUGAUGCUGAAGUUAAGCGCCCUGUUUUGGUCCUGCUAAAGAAGGAGGCUGAGAAACUAAGCUAUUUCGAUGGUAAAUUUGAUAAGACUGCAAUUGCGGAGUUUGUCUUUGCGAACAAGCUACCUCUGGUUAUCACCUUUACCAGGGAUAAUGCCCCACAAAUUUUUGAAAGUACCAUCAAGAAACAGCUGUUGCUCUUUGCCUCUUCAAAAGAUUCAGAGAAGGUUCUCCCUGAUUUUCAAAAGGCUGCACAACUUUUCAAAGGAAAGCUUAUCUUUGUAUAUGUGGAAACGGAUAAUGAAGAUAUCGGAAAGCCAGUUUCGGAUUAUUUCGGUGUCACUAGUGAAGCUCCAACAGUUCUUGGGUACACUGGAAAUGACGAUGGUAGGAAAUUUUUUCUUGACGGAGAGGUGACCAUAUCUAAUUUAAAGGCUUUUGGGAAGGACUUUAUUGAGGACAAGCUUAAACCUUUCUAUAAGUCGGACCCAAUUCCUGAAAGUAACGACGGGGAUGUGAAAAUAGUUGUUGGGAAUAACUUUGAUGAAAUUGUCUUGGACGAGUCAAAGGAUGUUCUUCUCGAGAUAUAUGCACCCUGGUGCGGGCAUUGCCAAUCUCUGGAGCCAACCUACAACAAGCUUGCCAAACAUCUACGAGGCAUUGACUCUAUUGUUAUAGCCAAGAUGGACGGAACCACAAAUGAGCAUCCCAGGGCAAAGGCUGAUGGGUUCCCUACACUUCUAUUCUUUCCAGCGGGAAAUAAGAGCUUUGAUCCAAUUUCCGUAGACAGCGACCGCACAGUGGUGGCAUUCUACAAAUUCCUCAAGAAAAACGCAUCAAUCCCUUUCAAGCUCCAAAAGCCAGCCUCAACACCAAAAUCCGAGGGUUCUGCCGCUACAGAGAGCAAAGGGAGCGGCGGCGCCGAAGACUCGAAGGAUGAAUUGUGAGGAAUAUAGUAGUGUGCGCUAAAUUGCUAGUUUGUCUGCCUAGUUAGUAUUUGCCAUCACCAUCCGUGUGGUAGAGAAAGAGACUUGUCACAUAGAAGAGAAAAUAGGGAGAUCAGAAAUGAUAUGAGAAACUCAAAUUCGCAAUAUAAACCCCGAAAAGAUGUCCGGAAAAUUUUAAGAAACUUAACCUGAAUAAUCUCUCUUUGCUGUGAUGAA